AUGGAGCUACCUGAGAGCCAGAACUCGCGGGAUGCGCGCAUCGAGAAGCUGUGGAAGAAGCUGGAUCCGCAGAACAAAGGCUUCCUGGAUCUUAAUGGCCUGAAGAGAGGACUUAAUAAGAUCGAUCACCCCCUGAAGAACGCAAAUGAUAUGCUUAAGGAUAUCAUCAAGGCUAUGGACAAAGAUGGAGACAAAGUAAUUCAAUACGAGGAAUUCCGCACAUUCGUUGAACAAACCGAAAAGGAGCUUCGCGCCCUGUUCCAGUCGAUCGAUCACGACGGAGAUGGCAAGCUUGACAAGGGCGAGCUGAGAGAUGGUUUCAAAAGAGCUGGACUCACGGUGCCGAACUCAAAGAUAGACCAAUUCUUCAGUGAGGUCGACGAAAAUCACGAUGGCUACAUAUCCUUCGAUGAAUGGCGCAACUUCCUACUAUUCCUGCCCACCAACAUCAACCCUGGCCUCAAGGCUGUCAUGACAUACUACUCUUCUGCUGUGACAAUAAACGCCGAAGGAGACACUUCUAUCAGCGAAGAAACUCUUGAGGGAUUAGGUAUGGAUAGAACAUCUCGAUUUUCGUCCCUGUCUGUCUUUUUCGGGGCUCUUGUAAGAAUCGUGCAAUCACCUUCAAAAUCGCCUCUCCAGGAUUCACUAUCACAGAAACAACCUCUUUCGGGCCUAGCCCAAUCAGAAGCUAUCUUGACAGGAAGCAUGGCGUCUACCUCUGACGAAGUUCAACGAUCUCUACCAACCACCGACAAAUACCUCACCAUGUUCGACCAAAGUGAUGAAGCACCUGGAACUUGUCCGGAUGAAGCUGCGCCCGUCAAGAAGAAAUUAUUGCUGACGGACCUUCUGCCCGAUCCAGGCUACUUCGCGGCUGGCGCUGUUGCUGGUGUGAUCUCUAGAACAUCCACUGCCCCUCUAGAUCGUCUGAAGGUCUAUCUCAUUGCCAAUGUUAGUCCAGCAAAGGAAUCUCUUGAUGCUGUCAAGAAAGGCGAUGCCGUUGGCGUGGCCAAGUCUAUGGGCCGACCGCUUGUUGAUGCCUCGAAGGAGCUAUGGAAGGCUGGUGGAAUUCGAAGCUUGUUUGCAGGCAACGGACUAAACGUAAUCAAAGUCAUGCCUGAAUCUGCAAUCAAGUUCGGUUCUUACGAGUUUGCAAAGAGGGUUCUGGCGCACGUUGAAGGUCACAACGAUCCGAAGAAAAUCAACCCUUAUUCCAAGUUUGUGGCUGGUGGAGUUGGUGGCAUGAUAUCACAGCUCUUUGUAUAUCCACUAGACACACUCAAAUUUCGUAUGCAGUGCGAAACAACAUCGGGUGGUCUGCAUGGAAACAAGCUCAUCAUUGCUACGGCAAAGAAAAUGUACCAGCAAGGCGUCAUCAAGUCUUCGUAUCGAGGAUUGACCAUGGGCCUGAUCGGAAUGUUCCCCUACUCUGCAAUCGAUCUUGGAACCUUCGAAUACCUGAAAGGAAAGCUUGCCCAACGCAACGCCAGAAUCCUGGGCUGCCACGAAGAUGAUGCACUGCCAGGCUCAUUUGCUACAGGAUGCAUCGGAGCUUUCUCCGGCGCUUUCGGUGCCAGCAUCGUAUACCCGGUUAACCUCCUUCGAACAAGACUUCAGGCUCAAGGAACUGUUCUACACCCUCCAACCUACACUGGCAUUUUCGACGUCGCUCGGAAAACUGUACAGAACGAAGGCGUCAAGGGGCUAUUCAAGGGUCUCACUCCCAAUCUACUCAAGGUCGUUCCUGCUGUUAGUAUCACUUAUGUGGUCUACGAAAACGCAAAGACGGCACUUCAUUUGAAGUGA